CUUCUUCCUUUUGCCAUAGCCAUUUGGGCUAAAGGAAGAUCCUUGGGAAGUGCAUUUUCACCUGUGACCCUCAGUGACGCAAUGGCUUUGCUGAAGUCCAUCGCACUCCUCGCGCUUUCGUUCGGCAAGGCAUGGUCUUUGACACCAGGAGAUUGUGCUUUCGUUGGCAUCUACGGUGAGAAGGAUGACUUUGCCAUCCUCUUGAUGGAGGAUGCUGAUGGUGAGAAGAUCUCCUUGACUGACGGGAAUUUCAAGGACAAGGACUAUCAGUCAAGCCAGCGUGCCCAAGCCAAAGACCAUGUGAAGGAUGCUGUGAAGGGAACAGUCUUGAGGAAGUCUGACUUCCAGACGGAAGAUGGCUGGUCCUUCGCUGCUCCUUUGGCCCUCACCGUCUUCAAGGGAAGCCCAUCGUCCCCCACGGCCUUGUGUGGUGUCAGCUUGGAUGGGAAAGCUGGCAACAUGAUGGCUCGCAGGUUGGAUGAUGAGGUGGCCGCCCUGAAUCUGGGUGAAACUGAGACCGCCCAAUAUGCUGGUUUGAUGGUUGGCAGCAAGGAAGAGCUCUUGGACGGCAUCAGCAACCCCAUGAACUGGUUGCGAGAUGCAGGAGCUCUUCGCAAACUCUCGAGCUUCAGCAUCGCAAUGGGCCAAAACAGCACCACCAGCAUGACCACGAGCUCCAUGCCGGACAACACCACAGAGACGACUGAGACCACCAGCAUGGGUACCACAGAGGAAGACGAUGGUGCAGUGCAUGCGUCUGCUUGUGGCUUGAUCCUCGCUUUGGCGCCGUGGUUUUGGUAAAGCAACGCAUCUAGAGCUUCUGAGUGUCAGAAAACAGGAGCUUUCAGUGCAGUGAGAAAUUGAUGAGAGUCUGAGUGUAGAUAAGGUUUCUUGGGAGCAAAGGUUUUCAAGGCCUUUUCUACCACACGUUUUCGGCCAUAACGCCACACGUUCGGGUUGCAAUGACGCCCCGAGUUUGAGAAGUGGACUCGCAGAGUUUGGGUGUUGUUCUCACGGGUUUGGGUGCCUUUUCU